ACUGCCCGCGCCGGUGCGGCCUGAGUGGGGCCCCGCAGCCUUCCGCCUCGCGUCGUGUCCUGGGUUGUGGCGGCCCUGAAUCCGGCUGCAGGACAGAUCCUGCGGGCGAGGUGGAACCACAGUCGGCUCGAUGAAGGCACUGAUUUUGGUGGGCGGCUAUGGAACGCGGCUACGGCCGCUGACGCUGAGCACCCCGAAGCCAUUGGUGGACUUCUGCAAUAAGCCCAUCUUGUUGCACCAAGUGGAGGCGCUGGCCGCGGCAGGCGUGGACCACGUGAUCCUGGCCGUGAGCUACAUGUCGCAGGUGUUGGAGAAGGAAAUGAAGGCGCAGGAACAGAGGUUGGGAAUCCGAAUCUCUAUGUCCCAUGAAGAAGAGCCUUUAGGGACAGCUGGGCCCCUGGCACUGGCCCGUGACCUGCUCUCUGAGACUGCAGACCCCUUCUUCGUCCUCAACAGUGAUGUGAUCUGCGAUUUCCCCUUCCAAGCCAUGGUGCAGUUCCACCGGCACCAUGGGCAGGAGGGCUCCAUCCUGGUGACCAAGGUGGAGGAACCCUCCAAGUAUGGUGUGGUGGUAUGUGAGGCUGACACAGGCCGCAUUCACCGGUUCGUGGAGAAGCCGCAGGUGUUUGUGUCCAAUAAGAUCAACGCAGGCAUGUACAUCCUGAGCCCUGCGGUCCUGCAGCGCAUCCAGCUGCAGCCUACGUCCAUUGAGAAGGAAGUCUUCCCUGUUAUGGCCAAGGAGGGGCAGCUAUAUGCCAUGGAGCUGCAGGGCUUCUGGAUGGACAUUGGGCAGCCUAAGGAUUUUCUCACUGGCAUGUGCCUCUUCCUCCAGUCACUGAGGCAGAAGCAGCCUGAGAGACUAUGCUCAGGCCCUGGCAUUGUAGGCAAUGUGCUGGUGGACCCAAGUGCCCGCAUUGGCCAGAACUGUAGCAUUGGCCCCAACGUGAGCCUGGGUCCUGGUGUGGUAGUGGAGGAUGGCGUGUGUAUCCGGCGGUGCACGGUGCUGCGGGAUGCCCAUAUCCGUUCCCACUCCUGGCUGGAGUCCUGCAUUGUGGGCUGGCGCUGCCGUGUGGGCCAGUGGGUUCGCAUGGAGAACGUGACAGUGCUGGGUGAGGACGUCAUAGUUAAUGAUGAGCUCUACCUCAACGGAGCCAGCGUGUUGCCACACAAGUCUAUUGGCGAGUCCGUGCCAGAGCCUCGCAUCAUCAUGUGAAGGAUGCUGUGGGGCUGGCCCAGCCCCAGUUUCCCCAUCGGCAAGGGGAGCACUGGCCUGAUACAUCAGAAGACCCUGGACUUGCUGCCAUUUUUCUGGGAAUGUCUGGAUGAGACUGAAGCUGGUGGACACCUGUCUUCUCAUGGGGACAUAAUCUGGCAGAAUCCCUGCUAGGCACACCCCACAAACCCUACUCCCUCAAGAAGGGCCGGGGCCAGGGCUGUAUGGAAUAAUAAUUUAAUGCUCACUGUG